AUGGAGGACACCAUCCAUGCAUGCCCUGAGGGGACCUUCUGUCUGGAUUCCGCCCUGCACUCCUGGGGCCUGUACCUCAUGGCAGAGUGGGCACAGUCAACUAUGCUCAUCGGGCUCGUGAUGGGAGCCACUCUGGUCCUUCUUGGCUGCAUCAUCUUCCUCGCAUACCGAAGGGUGACUGGGUCUCGGGAGCUGCAGCCCACCACCCCACAGUAUAGGUUUCGCAAGAGGGACAAGGUGAUGUUCUAUGGCCGAAAGAUCAUGAGGAAGGUGACCACUCUUCCCAGCACACUUGUGGGGAGCAGUGCUGCACCCCGACAGCGAAUGAGGAAGCGGACCAAGGUGUUGUCCCUGGCCAGAAGGAUCCUGCGUUUCAAGAAGGACUACCCUGCGCUGCAGCCCAAGGAGCCCCCACCGUCCCUGCUGGAGGCUGACCUCACCGCCUCUGACCUCAAGAACUCGCACCUGCCCUCAGAGGUCCUGUACAUGCUGAAGAAUGUCCGGGUCCUGGGCCAUUUUGAGAAGCCACUGUUUCUGGAGCUCUGCAAGCACAUGGUGUUUGUGCAGCUGCGCCAGGGCGAGUAUGCAUUCCAGCCGGGGCAACCAGAUGAUAGCGUGUACGUGGUGCAGGAUGGGCGGCUGGAGGUCUGCAUCCAGGACCCGGACUCCGCUGAGGUGGUGGUCAAGGAGGUCCUAGCAGGAGACAGUGUCCACAGCCUCCUCAGCAUCCUGGACAUUAUCACUGGCCACGCUGCCUCCUACAAGACCGUGUCUGCGCGUGCUGCUGUGGCCUCCACUGUCCUCCGGCUGCCUGCUGAGGCCCUGCAGGGCGUGUUCCAGAAGUAUCCCGAGACCCUUGUGCGGGUGGUACAGAUCAUCAUGGUGCGGCUACAGCGUGUGACCUUCAUGGCCCUGCAUAACUAUCUGGGCCUGACCACAGAGCUCUUCAACCCGGAGAGCCAGGCCAUCCCUCUCAUAUCUGUGGCCAGCGUAGCCAAGAGACAGAUGUCGAGUAGCCUGGACCCGCAGCCUGAGCAGCCUCUGCAGCCUCAGGAGGCCGCUGACCCAGAUGGAGAGUGUGUCCCUGUGUUGGUCUCCCAGCCCCUGAUGCGAAGGAGUCUGUCUGUCCCAUUGCCAUCAGCAUAUGAGGAUGCCAAUUUCCUGGUCCCAGAGAAGCUCCAGAAGACCAUGGUUGGCAGGUUUGGCCCUACAGCCUCACCAGACCUCACAGUGAACAUCUCCUCAGACGUGCAGGCUUGUGACCUUGCCCGGGGCUUCUCACACACGGACGAGCAUGCCCGGAGCUCUUUGGCUGGCAAGUCCAAGAAAAGCGUGGUCUUGUCUGAGGCCCCAUCUACAGUCUUCCAUUACUCAGAGAGUCCCUCUGAUCAGGCUUUGGCUGGCCAGAAGACGGAUGCCAUCCUCAGAGCUGCCAAGAAGGACCUGCUCACCCUGAUGAAGCUGGAUGACCCCUCCCUACUGGAUGGCCGAGUGACACUCCUCCAUGUACCAGCAGGCACCGUGGUGUCACGGCAGGGGGACCAGGAUGUCAGCAUUCUCUUCGUGGUCUCGGGGCUGCUGCAUGUCUACCAGCGCAAGAUCGACAGCAAGGAGGACACCUGCCUGUUCCUCACACGCCCAGGAGAAAUGGUUGGCCAGCUGGCAGUGCUCACGGGAGAGCCCCUCAUUUUCACUGUCAAGGCCAAUAAGGACUGCUGCUUCCUCUCCAUCUCCAAAGCGCACUUCUACGAGAUCAUGCGGAAGCAGCCGACCGUCGUCUUGGGCGUGGCACACUCUGUAGUCCAGCGCAUGUCCUCCUUCGUCCGGCAGAUCGACUUCGCACUAGACUGGAUGGAGGUGGAGGCUGGGCGAGCAGUCUACAGACAGGGGGACAAGUCUGACUGCACCUACAUCGUCCUCAGCGGCAGGCUACGUUCAGUCAUCCGCAAAGAUGAUGGGAAGAAGCGCCUGGUGGGAGAGUAUGGCCGGGGAGAUCUGAUUGGUGUGGUGGAAACACUGACUCAUCAGGCCAGGGCCACCACGGUGCAUGCUGUACGGGACACAGAGUUGGCCAAGCUGCCCACAGGCGCCCUGACAUCUAUCAAGCGCAAGUUCCCUCAGGUGGUGACCCGGCUGAUUCACCUCUUGGGCGAGAAAAUUCUGGGCAGCCUCCAACAGGGACCUGUAGCAGGUCACCAGUAUGGGCUCCCCAUGGUGAGCACCCAGUGGGACAUGGGGAACCCCGCUAGCAACCUCGCCACAGUGGCAAUCAUGCCAGUGUCGGAGGACGUGCCACUGCCUGCCUUUGCCCUGGAACUCCAGCAUGCCCUGCAUGCCAUUGGCCCUGUCCUGCUGCUGACCAGCGACAACAUAAAGCAGCGCCUGGGCUCUGCAGCCCUGGACAGUGUCCAUGAAUACCGGCUGUCCAGUUGGCUGGGGCAGCAGGAGGAUAUCCACCGGAUUGUCCUCUACCAGGCUGACAGCACGCUGACACCCUGGACUCAGCGCUGCAUCCGCCAGGCUGAUUGCAUCCUAAUCGUGGGCCUGGGCGAGCAGGAACCUACCGUGGGCCAGCUGGAGCAGAUGUUGGAGAACACAGCUGUGCGCGCCCAGAAGCAGCUGAUCCUGCUGCAUCGGGAGGAGGGCCCGGAGCCGGCCCGGACAGUGGAGUGGCUCAACAUGAGGAGCUGGUGCUCCGGCCACAUGCACCUUUGCUGUCCACGGAGGGUCUUCUCCCGUAGGAGCCUGCCCAAGCUGGUAGAGAUGUACCAGCGUGUCUACCAGAGGCUGCCCGACCGGCACUCGGAUUUCUCCCGUCUGGCGCGGGUGCUGACCGGUAAUGCCAUCGCCCUGGUGCUUGGUGGAGGGGGAGCAAGGGGCUGCUCUCAGGUCGGCAUCAUCCGGGCCCUGUCUGAAUGUGGUGUCCCUGUGGACAUGGUUGGAGGGACGUCCAUUGGGGCUUUCAUGGGGGCCCUAUACGCAGAGGAGCGGAACUACAGCCGGAUGCGCAUCCGGGCCAAGCAGUGGGCUGAGAACAUGACAUCUAUGGUGAACACAGUGCUGGACCUGACCUACCCCAUCACCUCCAUGUUUUCGGGUGCUGGCUUCAACAGCAGCGUCUACAAUGUCUUCAAGGACCGGCAGAUAGAGGACCUGUGGCUGCCCUAUUUCACUGUCACCACGGACAUCACAGCCUCAGCCAUGCGGGUCCACAUGGAUGGUUCCCUGUGGAGGUACGUGCGUGCCAGCAUGUCCUUGUCUGGCUACAUGCCCCCGCUCUGUGACCCCAAAGACGGACACCUGCUGAUGGACGGGGGCUAUAUCAACAACCUUCCAGCGGACGUGGCCAGGUCCUUGGGGGCAAAGGUGGUCCUCGCCAUCGACGUGGGCAGCCAGGACAAGACGGAUCUCACUAACUAUGGCGACUCUCUGUCAGGAUGGUGGCUGCUAUGGAAGCGCUGGAACCCCUUAGCAUCGAAAGUCAAGGUACUGAACAUGGCAGAGAUCCAGACCCGCCUAGCCUAUGUGUGCUGCGUCCGGCAGCUGGAGAUGGUGAAGAACAGUGACUAUUGCGAGUACCUACGUCCCCCCAUCGACAGCUACGGAACGCUGGACUUCACCAAGUUCGAUGAGAUCUGCGAAGUGGGCUACCAGUAUGGACGGACAGUGUUUGACAUCUGGGUUCGAAGUGGUGUGUUGGACAAGAUGCUGAAGGACCGUCAGGAGACAAAGACGAAGGCCUGCGACGUCCUCACUUGCCCCAACGCCUUCUUCACGGACCUUGCUGAGAUCGUGUCCCGGAUAGAGCCUGCCAAAGCCACCACAGUGGAUGAUGAGUCUGACUAUCAGACUGAGUACGAGGAGGAGUUGCUGGGUACCCCCAGGGACAUAUACACCGACCUGCAGAGCACCGCAGUGGGGGACGACUCAGACUCGGAUGAGCCCUCACUACGAUGCCGGCAUGUAUGUCCAGCUUCCCUGUCCUCCUCCCAGGAUCUCACCGUGCCCUCGUUUUUGGACCACAAGUAG